AUGGCGCCGGGUUUCGAUCAACUAUCUGAUCAUGACUUUGAAGAUGACAUAGACGACAUUGACUUCAGCGACCUCAAGGAGCGAUACGAUGUGCGCAUGGAAGAAGGCCUGGAUACUUUUGUCGUCAUCGAUGGUCUUCCCAUUGUCAACAAUGACCAGAAAGCCAAAUUGGUCAAGUUUCUGCUGAAGAGACUGAACACCGUCGGAAGAAUAAAGGAUGGCGAAGAAUCCGUCUUCAUGCCUAUGAACGACCAAGGCGUGUCCGAGGGAUUCGCUUUCGUCGAAUACCAAACCCCAGAACAAGCCAUUGCCGCUACGAAACAGCUCCACGGCGUUGCCCUCGACAAGAAACAUACACUCGCCGUCAACAAACUAACGGAUAUCGAGAAAUACGGAAGAGAGGGAAGAAUUGAUGAACAGUAUGUACCUCCAGAGGUCGAGCCAUUCUCGGAAAAGGAACACCUCAGGUCUUGGCUUUUCGAUCCUGCCGCUCGAGACCAAUUUGCAAUGUUCCGUGGCGACAAGGUCGGGGUGUUCUGGAACAAUAAGAAGGAGCCUCCAGAGAUGGUGGUCGAUCGAAUGCACUGGACCCAACUCUUUGUAUCUUGGUCACCACAGGGAACAUAUCUCGCCUCAGUACAUCAACAGGGCGUGCAACUAUGGGGCGGACCGUCCUUCAAGAGAAUCAGACAAUUCCCUCAUCCUUUCGUCAGUCUUAUUGAAUUCUCUCCUGGAGAGAAAUAUAUCACAACCUGGUCACAUCAACCAAUCGUGGUGGAGGAAGGCAAAGGGCCUCUUACAAUUGAUGAGGAAGGAAAGCAUAUCAUCAUUUGGGACAUUGAGACCGGCAAACCCCUCCGAUCUUUCACCGCCUAUGAUCUGACCCCUCCUCCCGGCACCGACCCUUCUGCAGUGCCUCCAAAAGCCAAGGUUCAAUGGCCAGCGUUCAAAUGGUCUGCCGACGAGAAGUAUGUGGCCCGGAUGAAACCACACGAGAGCAUUUCAAUCUAUGAACUACCGCGAAUGAACCUCCUGGACAAGACUUCGGUGAAAGCUGAAGGUAUUGUGGACUUCGAGUGGGCACCGGCCAUCACGCAACGAGAGGGCGUCAAGACGUACGAGUCUCUCCUCUGUUACUGGACCCCCGAGAUGGGUUCCAACCCUGCCAAAGUCGCUUUGAUGUCCGUGCCCAGCAAAGAGAUUGUACGGACGAGGAAUCUAUUCAACGUCACCGACGCAAAGCUUCACUGGCAAUCUGAAGCCAAGUUCAUCUGCGUAAAAGUCGACCGACACUCCAAGUCCAAGAAGUCGCUUGCCACGAACCUUGAAAUCUUCCGCAUCAAAGAGAAGGGUGUACCGGUUGAAGUUGUUGAUAGCCUGAAGGAUACAGUCAUUAACUUUGCCUGGGAACCCAAGGGCGAUAGGUUUGUUCUUAUCACAGCUGGCGAGGCCGUAGCUGGGUCAAAUGUCCUGCCAAAGACGGCUGUCUCAUUCUUCGCACCCGAGAAGAUCAAGGGCCCGGGUACUGGAGCCUUCAAACUGGUCAGGACGAUUGACAAGAAGAACAGCAAUGGUAUCUAUUGGUCACCCAAGGGUCGAUUUGUGGUUGUGGCCACUGUUAGCGUACAACAGCACUCGGAUAUGGACUUCUACGACUUGGACUACGAGGGAGAGAAGCCUGAAUCUGAAGCCAACGUUGCAGCCAACUUGAUGCUUAUGAACUCUGAGGAUCACUAUGGCAUGACGGAUGUUGACUGGGAUCCCACCGGCAGAUAUGUCACCACGAGCGCCAGCGUGUGGACACAUCAGAUGGAAAAUGGCUACAAGAUGUGGACCUUUUCUGGACAGCUUUUGACCGAAGCGCCCACGGAGAAAUUCAAGCAACUACUUUGGCGCCCACGGCCUCCAACGAUUCUGUCGAAAGAAGAACAACGCACCAUUCGACGCAAUCUUCGGGAAUACUCGAAGGAGUUCGAUGAGCUCGAUAAGGAAUUGGAAGAAGGUGCUAACCUGGCUGUUGUCGAGGCCAGGCGGAGGUUGUACAUGGAAUGGUAUAGCUGGGUGGCUCAAGAGAAGGAACUUCUUAAAGAAGAACGAGAGGAGUUGGGUCUGCCCGAUCCAGAGUCCGAGCUGCAAUUGCAACGUACCAAGAGCUUGGAAGCCGACGGCGAGAAGGUCGUCGAGGAAGUUGUUGAGGAAGUCAUUGAGGAGACGGAGGAGAUUGUGCAGUAG